AUGGAAGUGUCGACAUCUUACUGUACCACGACGGCCAACUACAAAUACGGCAGCUACAAUGAGACGGACGAGUUGCACGACGAGUUGAUGGACGACGAGGAGCCCCGUUUCGGAUCCUACGGGUCUCGCCACGAUCCUUAUGUCUAUGGUGGGUCUUGGAGGCUGAUUUAAGCCGGAAUUUGUUGGAAAGCGGCCGUUUUUAAGCUUAAAAUGAGUGGAUUUCGAAAGUUUUUUGCAACUUCUUGAUUUGUUUAAGCAAAAUUAACGAUCCUUACGUUUAUGGUGCAAUUUAAAGGUAGAUUUAAGCCGAAAUUCGUGGAAACGAGUCGUUUUUUGACUCAAAAGUAGGUAAAUUGAGAAACUUUUUGAAGUUUCAACACCAUUUCUUGAAUAGUAUGAGUCUAAAUAGAUCAGAAAUGAAUAUUUAUGAUUUUGGGCACCUGAUCGAGCAAUUACCAGCAGUAAUUUGAAAAUUUCACAGUUGAUUUUUUUGUUCGUUUUGAAGGUUGACUUGAGCCGAAAUUUGAAAGAAGUUGUCCUUUUUUAGGUGUUUUGAGUCAAAGAAAACGUACAUUCAUCAAUUUUUUGAGCUUUUCAGCUGUGUUUUCGGAACUAUUUUGGAAAAUUUUAUCAAAAUUCUAAUUUCAAAACCCCCUCAUUUCAAAUAAUCCUUGCCAUGCAUUUUUAAUUCAUCCCAUUUUUCACAUUUAGCUAUUUCCAGUCGUUUUAUAAUUCAUUAGCUAAGCAGCUGGUCUUUUGAUCGUUCUUCCAGCUUUUCCCGAGUUUUUUGUUUUGUUUUUGAUGACUAUAAACAAAUGGCUUUUUCCCAUGAAAAUAGCGGUCUCCAAUCCAUAGGUUUAUAUACAAAUGUGGAGUUUUUUUAUGAAAAAAACUUGAAAAAAACGUAAAUUUUUGAAAGAUUGAUGAGAAUUCUUUAAAUCUCUUCAAAGGUAUCUAGGAUGUCCUCGACGUAAUCAGCAUUCUGAACAAUGAGUUUUCAGAAGACUCGAUAGGCGAUGACGACGAAGAAGAAGGCUCGUCGUGCGAUGAGAACGAGGCGAAAGUCGCCGUGCCGUCCAACUUCUACGACUACGACUAUGAGGAGUCGAUGCCGAGUGACGACGAAGCCGUCGAAGAAGACAUCGACUACGACGACGAGGAGGAUGACGACGACGAGUGGACCAACCAGAAGAACGCCUUUCAGGGGGUAACCCAAGGCCCGAAGAUGUCCCCAACAAGAUUCUGAAUUCAGAAGACGAUAGCCGACUACGCGGCGAUGGAAAUGCUCCGCAUUCGGUUUCCCUUCCAAUCGAUCAGCAUCCGAAUCUCCGACUUUUGCUGUUUGCAGGAAAAAGUGAGCUUCCUUCCAGAUUUGGGGUCCGAAAACAGAACUUUGAAUUGGAACUUUGUGGGAGAAAUGAGUUAAAAAUAAUUAAAACCGAACAAAAAUCACGCAGGCUCUUAUUUUUUUGUUUUUAGAAUGGGAUUCUACUAUCAAAUUAUCAUAAAGUUUAGAUUUUAUCGAUUUUAUCGAUUUCACCAAAUAAGCGUGAUGAAAAACGAAAUCCUAACUUAUCCGAAAAAUGUCUAAGUCUCUGCUUUUUGCACGCUGUUUCAUGCCUCAAGUGAAAGAACCAUGAUUUUUUCUAAAGUUUUCAACUCCUUUUUUUCGAUUUUGAAGCUUUCUCUCUGAAACUUUCAUACCCACUAGAAAAAUGUCAAGGGUCCCAAAAUUCGAAAAUCCAUUGUUUGGCCUGUUUUCCGGCCAUCUGUCCUUUUUCGAUUGACUUUGUCCGACCUGUCAAAAACAACUUUUCACGUGCAAGUCUACCAUUGCGGCGCGUGCCUCUCCUUUUUCUCUUUACUUAAUUUUUGAGGUCAAGAACGGUGAUAAGCGAUAAGAGAGAGAGAGAACAGUUCACAGAACGUGUCCCCAUUUUGCAAGAUGUUGUUUGGCAUCCGAAUAUCUUUGCGCAAAACGGAAAAAAGUCCCGACCCAUCCGAUUCCAUCGGAAUAGUUUUUUGGCUUGACCGUAUACCGCCGCGAGAAAUCGGAUCGAUGUAAACAAUGUCUGGGGCCCCGUUUUCUGACUCAUAAUCGAUUCGCAAAACGCGCAAAGAUUAUUUAUAAAACUACGUUGGAGAGCAGAGGAUUACGUGACGUGAGACAGGUGUUGGGGGAUUGGAGCGGUGCCAGGGGCGCUUUUUUGAUAAGAAGCCUCGCACAACUGUUCCUGCAGUCGAACUCGAAGUUUCGCGUUGCACGGGGCUGUAACAAUUCGAAGUUAUUAAUGGCCGGGAAGCUUCUCAAGGGUUCCCUUGGACUUAUAAAUAGAUUUUUCUCCGAGUGAAGGAAUAAGAAGUAAGCAGAUUUGUAAGUGGAAGAAAAAAUUGCUUCUUUGAUAAGGAUGUUGAAUUAUUAGAUUUUUUUAUGAUUCGGAAAAAAAUAAAGAGAGAAGGCUUCUCACAAUUUCUUGAUUAGAUUUUUCAAAAAGUAUCUGAAAAAGAGCUUCUGCGCUCUAAUGAUAAUUCUCGAACGUUGGUAACGCGAAACGGACGUGCUCCGGACGUUUCUGGGCGAUUCUAGGGAUCACUUAAGAGUGCUGAGGCUACUAAAGUGGUCACUAGAAAUGCCCCGGCACGUUCAGUUCACUAAGAGCCGAGAUAUUUUAUUCUUUCCAAUAACGAAAUUUUUUCAGUAUUUUAGGAGCUUCAAACGCUUGGCAGUCUGAAUAUCCUUCUGAAAAUAACUUUGCAAUAGUUUUGAAGCAUUCGCGCUCUAAUGAGAAUUUAUCCUUUACUUUUUUUUUAAUGGAUACUCUUUAAUACAAAAAUUCCUUUUUCUAUACAUAAUUUUUUUUAAUUUGAAACCAAGCCUUGGAAUAAUUUCUAGAGCUCCGAUUUCACCACUGCUUCGACUAUGUCAAUCGUAAAGUAGUCGUUUCGCGACCCGAAUGAUCUUUACGAUGAGAACCGCCAAGCAGCUGUUUUUUUUUCUCCUCGCGGACCCAUAAUGUUGCGCUUUUCUCUUUUUGCCUCCUUCUUUUCUAUUUUGAAGAGUAGAAAAAAGGUGACUUUGAGAGAAAGACUUGCACUAUUGCGUGCACUUUUGGCAGAGGUUCUUCUGUUUGUUUGGAGACUCCAGAAUCGGUACGCUCUCUCGUCGCUAUCAGAAUCGCGCAGCAAUCCUUUUUCUGCCGUUCUGUUUGUGCAUGUUUGAUGUGUCGACGGCGGCGCCACCGUUCGACAAACGCACUCGCGACGGCUUUUUUGAGUGAUUUUAGGACAGGGGGUGGUCAAAUUAAUGGUAGCUUUGCUAUUGAAAUCGAGGAAAAAUCGGGGUUAAGAUCGUGUUUUGAUGGUUAUAAGUGGUAGUCUUUAUUUUUGGGGCUCCAUAAAUCAGAUUCUCAGCUUUGCAAUAGCAUGAGGUGUAAUUCUGGGUCUUACUUAUUAUCUAACGAGUGAACUAGUUGCCUUGCCGACGUUAAAAAUGAAUAUUACCUACUAGGCCAAACGACCUUUUUAACUAUAAAUACGAUAAGUUUAAGUAAACGAAGUAGCUAAAGGGUUAGUUUUGGCAUAUUAUGGAAGUUCUAUUGACCUUCGGAAAGAUCCGUACUUGAUGGUUGCUGCCGAUCGCUUUUUGUUGAUUUUAAAGGGCAUCUGGCUGAAAAUUGAGCUUCAACGACGUGAAAAGUGCACUCAAUGGAUAGAUGGUUCAAAAAUGUAAUCUGAGUUUUUUUAAUUCCUAAAAAUUUUUUUGAAGGGUAAUCAUAAUGUAGUUUUUAAGAGGUUUUUGAAAAGCCUUCUGCUGAUCUUUAAGCUUCUUCUUUUUCCGGGAACGCUCCAUUUUGGAAGGAACAAAAGCCGCACGCAUUUCCUUUUAGAUGUUUUUUCUCUCUCCGGGAAAAAAGUGUUCAUCUCGAGAGAGAGAGAAAGGAAGCGAAACGUGCUCCGAAGAGUGGUUUCGCGUGUAUUUGUGUGCGGUCUAACGCGAGGGUGCCAUCGCGUACCCCAGGUACGGACGCUGGCGCCGGCGCCAGAAAAAGAGCCACGCAGUUUUUGGAGCAAAAUCGGCUCCGUUCUCUGCGCUUUUCACAUUGUCCGCACUCUUACUCAUCGAUGUCGAUGUGUGUGUGUGUGUGUUUUUUCUUCUUUUUCUGGUCGACCUGCUGUUUGUCCACAGAGCGGAUUUGCAGCCCAGGGAACGGGAUGAAUUUUCACACAAAUUAUCCUCCGCUCUCUCUCUGUUCUCUAAGAGAAUGAGAAACACGGAGAACAUCGCGUUUUCUUCAAAAAUAGAGAUGGAACAUUCUAGAAACUGAAGAAAUGGGACCAAAGGAAUCAUAUGUUAUUUUCGACAUGUGAUCAAGGAAAGGUCUUGUGAGCGAUGAAAAGCUUCUCCGUCAUGUGAUUUGGGAAAGUUGUUGCCCAAUCGUUCAAAGUGCGAAUGAUCUUUUGGUCAGAACUGGGAUUAUUUGUCGGUUUAUAAUGGAUUUUUUUAAUGUUUUUUUCAAAGAAGAAAACAUUGAAGUUCAAGUUUAUGUGCUCUCUAAUAUUUCAAAAAGCUUUUCUGAAUAUAAAACGGGAAAAGAACAAAAAAGGAGCUACUUGAAGGAUUGGAAAAUAAUAAGAACAAAUUUGAAAAAAAAGUCAAAGUUAACAAGUUCGAGCGGAUGAUAACCUCAAAAGCUCUAUUGAAACACAAAAAUAAAAUUUUUCUCAGAACUCUUGUUUUUUUUCUGAAAAAAGCACAGGCUAAAGACUUUCUGGAUCUGUAUCCAGUUUCUUUGUCCGAAAUUCAAAAAGAUGAUUUGAAUUUGAUUUAUUUUCAAAUGACCGUAUCAGAUCGAAUCUCAUUACCAUCAAGAAUCCCCACCGAAUUUCACGGUCAGUUAAGCCGAUUCAGACAGUUAUCCUUGAGUUUCUUCUCGUUGUGCGCGUGCUGAAGUUACCUUCGAUUGAAUCGAAUUACACGAAUCCCAACGCGCCCUGAACAAAGAGUCCUUGGCCGACGGGAACUGGUUGGUUUUUGCCGAAAAGAGACGACCCUGAGACCGUCUGUCGAUAGUCAUCUCAGCUGGGGAGCGUGUCUCUCUUCGGCAAAACCGAAAGCGACAAUUUUUUUCUCUCUCUUCUUUUUGCGCGAAACCUUUUCGAAAAAGAAAUGGCGCCGAGGGUCGUAUGACCGAUGGGGGCCGACAAGAAAAUCAAGAGGAAAUAAGAGAGAAAAGGGUUACGGUGUCUCAAGUUUUGGCGCCAAAUUUCUGGGCCCAUGUGUUUGAAUUUUUUGACGGAACGUUUUGGAGGGUGAAAGAAUGUGGAGGACAUGUGGCGGGCAUUGAGAAAAAAUUUUGGGUGAUGGAGAAAAUCACAAAAUACCAUAAAAUUGAAGGGAUUUGAGAAAAGGAGAGCACAUUGCAAUAGUUAGAUCAAGCGGAAAAAGUUUUUAAAUAAAAAAAGUUUGGAAUAGAAGAAGUGGAGAAAUGUUAUAUCAACUCAUCUUCUUAUUAAAGAAACUUAUUUUUUGCUUUUUAGGCAUUUUUUAAACUUUUUUCAAAAACAUUCUGCUCUUUUUGAUCCUCAAUCGAGGGAUCCAAGGCAGAAUUUUACAAAAUCUCGGGGCAAAAAUAUUUUUCGAAAUGCUGUUUCGCAUUAUUUUAAGUCUCAAAACCUUUAGCAUACAUUUUCUCGAAUUCCUAUCGCAAAAUCUCUUCGAAAAACUGAUUUUCAGCACUCAAGGUCUCAAAAUCACGAUUUAAAAUUUCAGGAUCUGUUGAACGACACGAUGAUCGACUUCUACUUGAACCACAUUGUCGAACACAUCCUUCCCGAUAACUUGUAGGUCUAAAAUCCGAUUAAAGUCCUGAAAAAUCCAUUUCAGAGGUCGAAAAGUGACGGUUUUGCCGUCGGUCUUCUGGCACAAUCUAUCGCUUCGGAAGCAAAUCCUGGACAAUACGGAAGAGGAAAAAACGAUGACCGAAGAACAAAAGGUCCGUUUUGAUCGAAUUCUGUUUGGAACACGGGAAAAAAUUGCUCUUUGUCCUCAGUUUCGCCUGUGCAAACAUUUAUUUCAUUUCGACAAUAAUCGAAAAUUGGAUUUGGUGAUCGGAAUUCAUGAAUCCGUGUUUCAGUUGGACUUCAAGUUCAAAGAUCUCCACGAGUUUGUCGAGGAUUUCGACCUCCAUGAUGUCGAUUACAUUGUCGUCCCCGUCAAUGAGUGGGAGCAUUGGUGAGUUUCCAAAAGAUAUGAAGAUGAAAGGAAGUGAAAAAAGUCACAUAAGGAAAUGAGGUUCUAAAAGUAUGAUUGGAAAGGGUUUUUGAGGGGAUUAUGGCUGGAAGGGAGUGAAAAAUCGAGAAAAAGGUCUGAAAUCAGAGGUUUUUGGAGUUUGAAUCGAGCUAGAGAAUUCUUAGAGAAAUUUUUUUUUUCCUCCUUUUGAUUUUUAUGAAGCUUUUGGAAAUGAGUCAAAGAUUUUUUUAAGGAUUUUUCAAGAACUUGAAAAAUUCAACCGUGUUCAGAUUUUUUUCCGCAAAGAAAUCCAAGGCUGUCUAGAAAAAAAGGAUGUAUGAAAACACAGAGAAAAAAAUAGGUAUAUAUGGAAGAUUUGACAAAAAAAUUGGUUUCAUAAGUAUAUUUUUCAGGUCGCUGGCCGUGAUCUGCCACCCUUUCACGGAAAAAGCCCGCACAAUCCUCUUCGAUUCCCAAGUUUCGGCCGAUUUGAACGACAAACAGAACAUGUCCGAGCUUCUCGACACCUUCCUCCGGGUAAUUCUCCACUCUGAAAUUGAAAAUGUUGACUUUUUAAUUUUAAAAACUUGGAAGCCUUCAGGUAGUUUUUCUCUAGGUGGCAUUCAAAAUAUCAGUUUCACUAGAGUUUCUGAUACCUUGAGGAUUUUGAUUUUUAAUAGCUGUUGAACAGUUUUUAUCAAAGAGCAUGAAGCUGCAAAUGAGAGAAUGAACCUAACCGCAAUAAUUUUCCCAGUAUUCGUGGAAGAAACGCACCGGGACGCCCUUCCCAUUCCCGCUCAAGACUAUCCUGCCCGCCGAGCUCCCGCAACAGGCCAACAACUUCGACUGCGGCGUUUUCAUCGUCGAAUUCGCCCGGCGGUUCUUGCUCGAGCCUCCAAGAAAGGUACUUUUUUUAUGAGGACAAAAAUCAAUUCAAAAUAAUCAGUUCCAAUUUUCCACUUGUGGAAUUUCAUUUGUUGUAGGUUUUACUAUAAGUGAGAUAACUCAAUUAGUCCAGGAGGAGGGGAUGGAUCAUGAAAAUUUAGGAACGACUUUUUUUUUAAAAACUUUGGGGGAAAUGUUCGGCGGCCCUGAUCAGCCCAUCAAUGCAAAAAAAUUUUAUUGAAAAUGUUCUUGCAGUUCGACGACGGCUUCGACUUCUCGAAGACCUACCCGGACUUCAGCAUCGAACGGAAGCGGCUGGAAAUGCAGAAGGCGGUCUUGUCGUUGUGCAGCAAUCGCGCCCAAUGGAGACCGCUCGUCGACUGUCUCAACGGCAUCAACACCGCCGCUCCCCAUCGCGCCUUAUGAUUUUCUCAUUGUGAGUUUCGGGAAAAGUCUCAAGAUUCCUAGGGUCUCGUCAUUUGGAAUCUUGAAGCUCUACAACAAGAUUAAUAACGCUUUACAGCUUUUGUAGUCUUACUGGGCACGUUUCAGUCUAAUAUAACUCAAAAAAAACUUUGGGAUGUCUCAAAUUUUCUGUUUUGGUGAUCAAAACUCGUUUUUCAACACUGGUCACAACAUUUCCAGUUUCACAUCUAAUUGUUAACUUCAAAUCAAAUUUUUGGCAAUAAAUGUUACUAUCUUAGUCGAGAAGCGAGAAUAGAAAAGGAUGAGAAAAUCUAACGAAAAAUACAAAACUUUGACUUUAUUUUUUUGAAUAAAACAGUAUGAAAAGUUGGCAGCGGACAGCUCAAAAAAAAAAUAAGAAAAAAUCCUAAAUUUAUGAAUUUCCAGACAAACCAACGCGACCUCACCACCAUCUGAAAGCUUCCCUUGA